AUGAGUCAAAGUCAAAAUAUGGACAAUCCACCUUAUCCACCAUACGCAGGUUAUCAACCUUAUCCAACUCAACAACCGUCUGGAUAUAUACCAUGUCCAACUCAACCCGGUGUUGUCUAUAGUCAAACUGAAAUACCAUUUCAACCACCUCCUGUAUUGCCACGUCCAAACUUUGACAAAGAUGAUGAACAAGGCGGAGGUCAAUGGGGAAAUUUUACUGGUCUUGAAAGUAAAAAAAUUCGUAGUGUAUUUAUUCGAAAGGUUUAUGCAAUUCUUAUGAUUCAAUUAGCAGUCACAUUUGGUCUCAUUGCAUUAUUUCAAUUUACACCAUCGAUUCAUGCAUACGUACGAAGUCCGGAUGGUCAAUGGCUUUAUUUCACAUCAUAUGUUGUUUUUAUGGUUACUUAUAUUGUAAUGGUUUGUUCAAAAAAUGCAGGACGAAGAUUUCCACUUAAUCUUAUUUUACUCGGCAUUUUGACAUUAUCAAUGGGUUAUAUGAUGGGUAUGAUUUCAGCACAUUAUGAAAUUGAAUCAAUAUUAAUUGCUGUUGGUAUAACAACAUUUGUUUGUUUGGGUGUUACAUUAUUUUCAUUUCAAACAAAAUAUGAUUUAACAUCUUGUCUUGGAAUUCUCUUCGUUAUGUCAUUGGCACUUUUUGGUUUUGGAAUUGUUUGUAUUUUUACUUAUUCAAGAUUAAUGUAUACAAUCUAUGCUGGUCUUGGAGCUGUGCUUUUUUCAAUUUUUUUGGCCGUUGAUACACAAUUAAUUAUUGGUGGAAAACGACAUGAAAUAAGUGCUGAAGAUCAUGUUUUUGCAUCACUUAUGCUUUAUAUUGAUGUUUAUUGUGAAGAUCACCAAAUUGAUAAUACUUGGAUAGUCAAACCAAUAAGUUUAACACAUUCAAUUGAUACACCAAUCACAAGUUUAUUUGAUAUGAUUAUUCGUUUACCAGAAUCAGGCUCAAAAAUUGCUUGCAAAUAUGUAUCAAAUCCAUUUUGUACUUAA